AUUGUGAAAAAGGACGUACCGCGCACCGAUCGCCAACACGAGUACUUUGAGAAGGAUGAUAGUGAGCAUUUGGUAUGGCUUCAUGACAUCCUGGUCACUUACGCAGUUUUUCACCAAGAGGUUGGCUAUGUCCAAGGCAUGAACGACGUGUUGGCCAUCAUCUUGUUUGUCAUCGACAAUGAGGCCGAUGCCUACUGGUGCCUCAACAGCUACCUCAAUCUCAUUCAGAGUGACUUUAUGGCCAAGGGCAUGGUGGAAAAGAUUGGUGCCUUGAAGCGACUACUGAAUUUCAUCGAGCCAGAUCUGAUGCAGCACUUGGAGAAGAUUGAUGCAGGCGACCUUAUUUUUUGCCAUCGAUGGCUGCUGCUUGGCUUCAAGCGUGAGUUUGUCUGGGACGACUCGGUGCGGCUGUUUGAGAUU